AUGUUCAUAUUAGCUAACCCUCGAAGCUCCCACCCACGCCAUGCAAGCUUACGGCAAGACUCGCAACGACCUCCCUCCGCAGAUUCAUCACCAAUCUCUAAAUCCGCUACACCUGCUACUCCUCGUCAAGAUGGCCCGGCUUCACUGCCUGGAAUUGGCAGUGCUGCUCCCGCAAAGCCCACCGUGCCCCAAAAUCAGAAGCCAGGCUCCUCCUACCCGGCCAUCCACACCUCUAACAUCGACGUGAAUGGCAACCCUGUACACCCUUCCACUGGGAAGACCAUUAUGGCUACAGACAUGGACGCGGACUUCCCGGCUGAUGACAAGCCCUGGCGGCGGCCGGGUUCUGAUGUCUCUGACUUCUUCAACUACGGCUUCGACGAAUUCACAUGGGUCAGCUACUGCCUGAAGCAGCAAGAAACACGCAAGGAGGUUAGCGAUCAGAAGAGACAGAUGGAUGAUAUGUCUUCGUUCCUGGGCAUGGGAAUGCCUCCCAUGCCUGGUGCACCACCUCCGGUCCCCGGCCCUGCGGGCAGCGGCCCAGCAGCCAUGCCCGGUAUGUCCGGCAUGCCUGACAUCCCCCCUGAUGUUAUGCAACAGAUGUUGGCUGGCAUGAUGGCCCAAGGAAUGGACCCGUCCAACAUGGACCCAAUGACCUUUAUGCAGAGCGCGCAGGCGAUGAUGGGUGGCCCACCUGGCGGUGGUCAGCCGCCCCAACAGAGCUUUGGAGGUCAAGGACAGAACCAAGGCUUCGGUCAACCUCCACAAGGUCAGAUGGGAUACGGAGGCUACGACCAACGCGGUAAUUAUGGAGGCCGCGGGCGUGGGCGGAGAUGGUAA